UGUUCGUUUCCCGCGCAACGUUCCGCUCCACUAGCCCAAAGAGGAAGCGACGGGUGAUUCACCCGUCGUUACCAUAGUGGCCGUGGCAAGGUUGGUCCGCUGUUUUGCGAUUCCAAACAACAAGCCGUUCAUUCCGCCGAGAACCGUCACCGCGAGUGGGUCCACUUUGUGGCCUUUCGAGAUCUACCUUAGAGUUGUUGUUGUGUCACCCAGAAUGUCCAACCGUACGUUCAACCUGCUGUGGACCAGUUCCCAGAAGGACCUGGAGAAGCUCGGAGUGAACGACUUUGAGUACCAGGCCAUCGAAGCGCAGCACGAUCGCACCGAAAUCCAGGGGCACGUGUACGAGCUGUAUCUGCGGUACAUUGUGAUCGCGAACAAGCUGGAGGAGAUCUACGACCAGAUUGUGCAGCCGCAGAAGCGGAUCUUGAUCCGGAAGCUGCUGGAUAACUGUUUGGGGCGGGUGUUGGAGCUGAAGCAUGAUCUGGUGGUGAUUGAUAUGAACGAGUUUAGCUAUAACGAUGCGGUGGUGGAGAAGCUGGGGCUGACGCCGCUGGUGAUGGAGCUUAAUGUGCCAAAGUACUUCCGGCGCGAGAAGGAGGAGAUGCUGAACGAGCGGAAGAAGUUUAUGGACGACAUACUGAGACGGAUUGGGGCGUUGGACGAGGAGGUUGUGGAGGAGGAAUGGUCCGAGUUGGACGCGAUAAAGAUAAUUCAGACGCACGAGCGAGCUAGGCAGGGCAGGUUGAGGGCACAGUUUAUGAAGGAGUUGAAGUUGUUGAAGGAGAAGGGCAAGCCGGACAGUAGUAGGGACAAGUCGACGACGGGGUUGAACGCGGCGAUGAAGAUUCAGAAGGUUUGGCGAGGGUACGCGACGCGACGACAGACGCGACGACGCAAGGCGGAAGAAAUGAUCCUGAUAGGAAUGAUUCCACCCCAGGUCACGACUGCGCGAUCGGCGGUUGACGAGCUGGCCGAAGCAAAGUUGCAACGGUACGACCAGCAAAAGGAGUUUCAAGAGGAGUACGAGAAGAGUUUGGUGCGGGUGAAGGAGGAGAUUUACACCAAACAGGGUGCCGCCAUGAAGGAGGACAUUGCCGAUGAAAUCCGGACGUGGUUCAAGGAGUAUCAGAAGCGAACCGGUCGGUUGCCGGAUUUUCCAUCGGAGGAAGCCGGCGGUUCCCGCCAUCUGCUGAGCCGGCAGGCCACCGAGAGUGAGAUGAGCCGGUCUUCCGUGAUGUCCUCGCGCGAGAGUAAGCUCAAGUCGGCCAAAGAUCCGAACAAGCAGCAGAAGCGACCUGGGGAGGUUUCGCUCGAGGAAGGAUUGGAUAAAGCAUUUAGACCGAUGCAAUCCGCGUUUCUUCCGGAGAUUAAGAAUGGCAUUGAUGAGUAUAAUGAGAUUUGGAAGGGUAAGGAUGAAUCGCACAACCUAAGACAGACGUACUAUGACGACAUGAUUUACGAGGAAAAGUACGCGGACGUAGAGGCCGAGUUGAGACGUAUCGUGGACGAUAUAAUGCGGCAGGAGUUGGAUCUGCUGCAGGUUGCACUGGAUAGAGAUCGAGCCCAGAAGGGAAAGAAAACCAAGAAGGGCAGUAAGAAGGCUCGACGGAGUGGCAAAAAGGGCAAGAAGAAACGUGAGAAAGAUUUGACCCCCGAUCGCACGACGGAGUCUCUGUUUGAGGAGCUGCUCACGAACGGCAUAAUUAAAAAGUUUCCCGAAACUCCGAUCAACUCCUUUGUGGGGGAUUUAAGCUACGCCGCUCGGAGCGCACUAAAUCCCUCCCCGGGAGACGUUCGUCACCUCAUCAAACAGUACUGCAUCCUUCCACUGGGUUCUGAGACCAUCCGCAAUUUUGGACCGUGCAUAAAGUCGUUGCUGGUCGCCGGUCCGAAGGGUUCGGGAAAGACGGCUCUAGUUCACGCAAUCUGCACAGAAACCGGAUCGGUGCUGUUCGACAUCAGUCCGGCCAACAUUGCUGGGAAAUAUCCCGGCAAGUCGGGCCUCAUCAUGCUGAUGCACCUGGUGUCGAAGGUUUCUCGGCUGCUGCAACCGUCCGUCAUUUACUUUGGCGAUGCCGAGAAACCGUUCAUGAAGAAGGUCCCCAAAACGGACCGCACCGAUCCGAAGCGGCUGAAGAAGGACCUGCCGAAGCUGAUCAAGAACAUCAACCCCGAAGAUCGGAUCAUGCUAAUCGGCACGUCCAACUGUCCCUGGGAGGCGGACAUGAAGCUCAUGAUACAGACCUACCAGCGAUUCAUCUACAUUCCCCGACCGGAUUACGGUGCGCUAUCGUACGCCUGGAAGGAAAUGUUAAGCCAGUACAGUGGCGUCCCACGGCAGUUUGACACGGGGGCGAUGGCCAAGAUCUCGGACGGCUACACUGUGGGCUCGGUGGCGCGCUGCAUCCGGGAGGUCAUCACGUGCAAGCGGAUGCUGCAGCUGCGGACGCAACCGCUCACGCAUCUGGAGCUGAUCAACGCGCUGAGCGCCCUGGAACCGGUCUACAAGGAAGAGGAGGAAGCGUUCAUGUACUGGUGGUGCAAGACGCCCCUCGGAAGGCGCCGCUCGAAGCAGAUGGAGAUGGAACACGAGGCCCGCAUGGAGAUCGAGAACGUCCAGAAGGCGAAGAAGAAAUAGUGUUUUUGUGCUGCGUGCCGUUUGUUUUGUUGUUGUUUUCGAAUAAAGUUCACCGUUUUCUGUCUUGCGUGACAUCUCACACACAC